AACAAGUCCAUCCGUGAAAUUUCCUUGCUACUAAAUAUUCCAUGGUCAACUGUUAGUGGUAUUAUAACAAAGUGGAAGCAACUGGGAACAACAGUAGCUUAGCCACAAAGUGGUAGGCCACGUAAAAUGAAAGAGCGGGGUCAGCGCAUGCUGAAGCACACAAUGUGCAGAAGUAGCCAACUGUCUGCAGAGUUAAUAGCUAAAGACUUCCAAACUUUGUGUGCCCUACAGAAGAGAUUCAUGGAAUGGGUUUCCGUGGCCGAGCAGCUGGAUCCAAGCCUUACAUCACCAAGUGCAAUGCAAAGCGUCCGAUGCAAUGGUGUAAAGCUCACCUCCACUGGA